AUGGAUAAAGGAAAGGUGGUCGAGAACGAUAGCCUGGGUCAGAUACCAGAAGUUGUUGACCCAAGAGUAGCGCUGCCCUUGUACGAAGAUGAGUUGUCAGCACACGAUCCAUCCCAGCCGCAAAAGUUAGGAUCAUAUCGCACGCGAGCGGGUAAAUUCUCAAAUACAUUGAGUAACUUGCUCCCCAGUAUCAGUGCUAAACUGCACCAUUCGCGAAAGGCCUCUGGAGCUGCUAAGAACGGAACGGAAACGGCCAACACAAGAUCACCCAGCACGAACACCACCACCAGCAGUCAGGUAAGUCUCGCAGGUCACGUGACUCCACCGGGUAUUACUGCUCAAGAUGGAACCUAUCCAGAUGGAACGUAUGCAGAGGGUUCGUAUCUAGUGCAUCCACCCCGCAGAUCUGACGACUCCUUUACGUUUGGAACUAGCGUUGGUCUUCAUCCUACCGCUUCCAACACUAUAUCGCGGACGAGAAACAACACCGUAUCGUCCCAGAUCACAUCUCCCUCCGGAGCGCAUGUCUGGUCAACAACAACGUCACCUAAUGAGCAGCAACCGCUGGUGACAAUGACGGGUACCGGUUUCAAUCCUAGCCCUCUUAAUGAAUAUUCAUCGAACACAUACUUCGAUUUACAUUUAAACAAUAUGGGGACUGCGGCGCCGCUUCCCGGCGGUCAGAACUCGAUAACGAAUCAUUUGCAUGGAAACAACACAUCGAAUCUCGCUGUUCCAGUCUCUGGCGGAAACGUGUGGGGCAAUCGACCCAGGUCGUACUCGAACAGCUCGAGCAUAUAUACCGAUGCGCCAAUUUACGACAACCUUGCGACCAACAGAUCCAGAGCUUCGACUUUCGGCUUAGGUUUAGAUCAAUCGCAGAUGCCAAAUCUGAAUGGGGUGCCGAUAAAACACACACACUCGUCUUCAGGACCUUUGGUUGCCGAUGAUGUCGAUCCACGUUCUAUUAACUGGGUCACCAUGGAUCUGAGCGUUCCAGCUAUCAAUCAGAUCUCUAACCUGCUUCCAACGAACACCGUCUCCAUCUCAAAUGUGGUGUCCUUACAAAGCCAGCAACCUCAACUUUCGAACGCGAUUAAUCUGACGAGUACGAGUUUAGCUACUCUGUGCAUGAAGUUCGGAACUGUGAGUUCCGCUCGGACUUUUAAAGGUGUUAACAUGGCAAUCGUCGAAUUUGACUCUGUUGAAGCUGCUGUACGGGCGAAAGACGCGUUGCAUGGCAAAGAGGUAUCUUUGGUCGGAGCACCCAGCACGGUUUCUUUUGCAAAAAUUCUACCCAUGCAUCAACAAUCCGUGGGGGGCCCCCAAAAUUCUGGGUCAGGUGCAUCUGCUGGGCCUCAGUCUCUAUUGCAAGAACAACUUUAUAGUGGCGCAGUGUCAUUCCAGCAGCAAGGCAACCUUUCAAUCCCCGUUUUAAACAAUACUCAAUCUAAUCAAUCCAACAACCAUUCAACGACCCAUGUUAACAAUGAAAAGGAACAGUGUCCUUUCGCUUUACCUCCUCCUAAUGUCAUGAAAAAUACUAAGGUUUUAGGAGACAUUAUAGCAUCGUUCACCACAAGUUACGACGCGAGCCAAACAAAGCACAUUGUAGAAAAUGCUUUGCGCUACGAUGGCACUGCAGAUACUGGGGAUUUCGGACCUCUCCCGGACCCAAUACCUAAUCGAGAGUUUGAUGCACCAAAGCUGCGUGAGAUCAGAAAAGCGAUCGAUGCAAACUCGUUAAAACGCUUAGAAAUAGAGCAGCUUGCCGUUGCAAUGUUAGACGAACUUCCAGAGCUCUGUUCAGACUAUCUUGGAAAUACGAUUGUUCAGAAGUUGUUUGAACAUUCUUCCACCAUUAUAAAAGACCUGAUGCUCAGACAGACAAACAAGUUUCUCACCUCGAUGGGCGUUCACAAAAACGGUACAUGGGCCUGCCAGAAAAUAAUUACCAUGGCUGACACACCAAGACAAAGAAUGCUGAUCGCAGAGGGGGUAAAACGUUAUUGCACGCCUCUGUUUAACGACCAGUUUGGCAACUACGUGAUACAGUGUGUCCUUAAAUUUGGAUUUCCAUGGAACAAUUUCAUCUUUGAAAAUAUUGUAUCCAAUUUCUGGACUAUUGCUCAAAACAGAUAUGGUGCUCGUGCCGUCCGCGCAUGCUUAGAAGCGCAUGAUAUUAUCACAAGGGAGCAAAUUCUGGUUUUGAGCGGGAUGAUUGUGCUAUAUGCCGAAUAUUUGGCAACUAAUAGCAAUGGGGCAUUGUUGGUGACGUGGUUCUUGGACACCUGCACCCUACCACACAGGCACGCCAUUCUGGCUCCAAGACUUGUAUCUAAUAUCGUGGAAUUGUGCUGCCACAGACUCGCGUCGCUCACAGUGUUGAAGGUUCUCAACUGUCGUGGUGAUGAUAAGGCUCGCAGAUUAAUUCUGGAUAGCAUAUUCGGUAAAAGGGACUCGACUGACUUCCCUCAAGUUUUGUACCAGAUUCUUUGCGACUCAAAUUACGGUCCAACGUUCUUGCACAAAGUGCUAUCCAUGUCUUUGUUAGAAGGUGAAGUUCGUCUUCAUGUAGUGCAGCAAGUUCGUAGGGUCUUGUCGGAGAUAAAUGUCACUCAAAUGCAUCGCCGACUCAUGGAGGAAGUGGGCUUGGGACCCAACAGUAUUACGGCGUCCAUGGGAUCCAAUUCCAAGCAUCGGCCAAGUGUUUCACACCUACUAGGUAAUGACUCGUCGGGUCACAUGCGAAACCUUUCUGUCAGCAGUGCGCUCAGCAACUCAUCUCGCCCCAGGGCUCUUUCGAGCGGCGGUAUUUCUCAAAUGGCCAUGUCCGGGUCGCAGCCUGGCCAAUCGCUCCCAGUGGCGUCGAUUCCCGCCAAUUUACCCCCUCAACCUAACCUCUCUGUGCCUGGGGGCUACUACAACUAUCCAGGAGUGUUCCCUGUUAACACCGGAGCUCCUUCUGCGUACCCAGUCACCGGUGACGAUUUAUCGUCGCAACUUGAGAUGCUGGCACUGAACAAUGGCACCCAAAUCUCUCUCCCACAGCUGAGUAUGGCGGGCAAUAAAAAUCCCAAUCUCAACAACAAACCUAACGCUUCGAAAUCAGGUAGUAACAACUACGGGAUGUAUGGGUAUUGA